CUGCAAGAGAGAGAGACUUCUGCUGCUGCAGCUGGUACUGCUCACUGGGACUGUGAGGAGAUCCUUCUCUGAAUAAAACGGGAAGAGGGAAGAUUUACAGCACUGGAGAGAGCACUCCAUGCGUUCCCAUUGGAGACUUUAUUUUAAAGUGGAGACUAGCCGAUAGAAAAGAACAGCAGUCAGAACAACAGGGUCAACCAGUCAUCAGUGCAAGACAAUUAAGUCAAGGAAUUACAUCAAUUCCAUUGGAAUUCCAGUGGAAGCAAACAUCUGUCCAAACUACAGCCUGGGCAACAGUUUACAAAAUCACACAGCACUAAGGUUGAAGUAUAAUUAAGAGGGGGAUGGAGUCCUUCUUGACGAAAGACCCACUGCGUGUUAAUGUAACAACUGUGCCUACAGCAAACUUCAGCUCUCACCUCCACAAGGAGCCGUACCUACACAAACUGGCGCACCUGGAUGAGGGGCUUUACAAUGACUUCUACAGCUUGUGGAUAGCCUUGGUGGUCAUCAAUGCUGUGAUCUUCCUGGUAGGCAUCCUCCUCAACAGCCUGGCCCUGUACGUCUUCUGUUUCCGGACCAAGCCCAAGACCACGUCCGUCAUCUAUACCAUCAACCUGGUCAUCACCGACCUCCUGGUGGGCCUCUCCCUGCCCACCCGCAUCGCCAUGUACUACAGCGGAGGGGAGUGCCUCACCUGCUCCUUCGUACACAUCUUCAGCUACUUUGUCAACAUGUACUGCAGCAUCCUCUUCCUCACCUGCAUAUGUGUGGACCGCUACCUGGCCAUUGUGCAGGUCGAGGCCUCUCGCAAGUGGAGGAACCCCAACUGCGCCAAAGGCAUCUGUAUCUUCAUCUGGCUCUUUGCCAUCGUGGUCACUUACUCCAUCCUGACCACGGCCAUCAAAUACGCCGCCUGCUGCCUCUCCAAACUCUUAGUCCUGACCGUCUUCGAGUUCUUCCUGCCCCUGGUCAUCAUUGUGAUCUUCACCAUCCGCAUCAUGUGCGCCCUGGCCAACCCCAACCUGAUGCAGCAAAGCCGGGAACGUCGGAUGCGGGCCGUCCAGCUCCUCAUCACAGUGCUGGUCAUCUUCACCAUCUGCUUCACCCCCUUCCACGUCCGGCAGGUGCUGGUCUACGUCUACCCAGACAUGCCCCACCACAUCAGCCUCAUUGUGUACCACGUCACCGUCACCCUCAGCAGCCUCAACAGCUGCAUGGACCCCAUCGUCUACUGCUUCGUCACCAACAACUUCCAGGCCACCAUGAGGGGCAUCUUCCGCAAGCCCGAGCUGGGACAGACCAGCGGCGACAUCGUCAGCAUGCAGAAGAGCUCCAAGGGCUCGGUGACAGUCACGCCCGUCACUCACAGUUUAAUCACGGCAAACUUUUCCAGCCCCGCAUUGGGUAGCUCUGAAGUGUGAGAGUUGAGGCGAAGGACAUCCCCCGUCACUGGAUUAAUCAGGCUACUUAUCAGGCCUGUCAUGUCAUGUAUAUCAGAACAUCAGCGGAGCUUUAAAGCACGCUGAUGAUCAUUCUGUAUUUGCUGUACAUAGUUUCAGAAGCCAACCCGCGUGGAGAUGCAUUUUGUUUCCUUGUCAGGUCCGUGUUUUUCAUACUGUACAUGAGAAAACAUACCGUUCUCACCCGUUCUUUGCAACGACUCUGACUGAAAAAAAUAACUGAACUGUUUUUCCCAAGGGAAAAAAAAAUUGAACAAAAACUCCACUUUGAAGUUGACAUAAUGAAGCCACCUCCAACAAAUAGAGACAGGGAAGAUGGACGUCAGGAAAACAGCUGGAAUGUGCAGUACCGCAUUCUUUAAUUGAAAUGGCUGUAUCUGUGAAACAUUCCUGUGAAUGGUUUAAUUCUUAAUCACAUACAGCAUUUCACAUGGAGCAUUGUGCAGAUAGAUGCUUCAAGCAGUUAAGGUGAAAGGCUAGGUCUGGCUCUGUCACGGGGCUGUUCUUAUUACAUCAAAGCAACAAAUGACAUAAUUUAUGAAGGAUCACAUACUACGGGAUUUUUUUGAUACAUUUUUAGGUUGAACUGCUAAUCUAGUUCUCUUACAUUAAACAUAUUGUAGCCAGUGUCUGGAAAUUUUUCUCUGGUAAAUAUUUGUACAAAUUUGUUGUUGUUGUUUUUUUAAAUAGAACUUUUGUGAUUUUGCAGCCUGUGUACAAUGUAGUGAUAUAUAUGUAUAAUCUGAAAGCUUCAAAAUUAUCAACAAACUGAGAUUUAACCACAUGAAAGGGCUACUUCCAAGGGUCAAAACAAGCUGAAACAAUAUAAACUUGUAGCUCAUGGAGAAAAGUACACAACUCAUGAUUAUUUCUAAAGAAUCUAUACAAUUCAUACAAAAAUGAAUUUGUACAAUAGAAAUAAUUGAAUACUGAUAAUUGUGCAUUGUUUGCUUUCAAAUCAAAGUAAUGUAACUAACUGUGCAGGUGAUUUAAAAGUAAUGUUGAAAUUAAUAUGCAUAAUUAAUACAUAUAUUGAGAUAUUAAUGGUAGAUAUAAGUGUGUAAAAAUCUUCCCCUUUAAGAAACAGCAUUCUAUUUUUUAUUUUCUUUUUAAAAUCUUCAGAAAUUCAUAAUUAUUCUUUAUUAAAAUAGUGUAAUGUCUGUUCUCAUCGCAGAGGUGUUCAAUAUUAAAGCGUAGAAUUAAACAUUUUAACUGUGGAAAAGUUUAGUAUUUCUUAAAUGCUCGUGGGUGACAAGGUGUGACACCCGAAGAAGGCUUAACUGCCAAAACAUUACGUUCUUUCUGCAUUUCAACAUCGAACUUACUUUUACUUUUGCCUUUACAGCUCACCCGUGUUUACGUACUAUUUAUAGUUUUCAGAAAAAAUAUACUUUAGUGUCUUUUCUGAGUAAAGCUCUUCAACGUCAAUUUUUAACUAUCUAUUUAACUUCAAAGUCCUAUUAAAUGAGCCAUACUGGAAUGGAGUGUUUGGGUGUACAUGUUUUUGGAAAAUAAAAAAAUACUUUCUGACGGA